GUUCUUGAGAUUUUUGAGUUAUUGAAUGAUGAAUCUUUAAUUCUUUGUCAACCUUGUUCAUUGUUGUAUUAUUAAAGUAUGUGAAUUUAUCUGCUCUUCUUUUUGGCACAUGCAUUUUCUUAAAUAAUGUCCUUGGCAUGGUGAACAACAACGAGAGUAAUGUUUAGACAUAUUGCUGAUGCUUUUCUACGAUUCCGUUAUUAUUGAUAAGAUAAAACGUUAUAAACAUUAUAUACUAAUUACUGCAGUCAUUAAAUAACGAGGAUGAUAUCAGACUGACCAAAGAAUGUAGAGAAUCAACCAUGUGCAUGAUACAACUGAAUGAAUUCCUUUGUAGACUUCUUCAAAGGCCUAAUAAGUUUAUAUAAGGGCUUACAUCAGAACAUGCAGGCUAUAACUUAGAACAGGGUAUAAAAAUGGAUAUUGUCAAUAUGGAUGAAGGCAGAUAUGAGCCUAGAGAGAGUUUACCCAGCAGUAGUGUUGAGAGUGAUGCAUCAAGCAGUGUGUUUGAAAGCUAUGAUACUAGUGAACAAACAAGUGAUACAGAGAAACAAUCAGAUGAUGAUGAAGAUUUAAGAGAGGAUUUACAAAAAAAUAUACCCGAAUGCUACAAGUCUGAUUCCAAUUUCACAUCACAUACUUCUAACAUCACAAAUGAUGAAGAUUUUCAAGCGACAGCUCUAUGCCAGUUUAUGGAUAUUUUGAAUGAUUUAGAUGAGGUGUUGGACAAGUCACUUCUGGCUUGUCUCGAUGAUAGUACAAAAACAUUUGAUAGUGAUGAAGAGGAUCUCAUAUGUAAAAUUAAAGAAUGUAUUGGUGAAAGGGAAGAUGUUGCUGAACAUUCUGAAUCACCAAGUUCCUUUGACGAUAAUACACAAGUUGUAUGUUCCGUUGGUGAAUCAUCAACGCAGAGGACAGAGGUAACUGAAGUAGAGGAAAAUCCCGUACUUAAGCCACAGUUAAGUACACUAGGUCGAUCAAAGAGCGCUUCAGAUCUUUCAGAAAAUAACCGCCAACCGAGCCCAACUUUAGAACGAGUUAGCACUACAAAUGAUAAUUUACGAAAUUCAAUGAGACGGUUGGAUCCGAUUUUAUUACCCGCAAUCUCUACUCAAGAACCACCAGGAGAAGCUUUGACGUUGCCAGUUAUAUUGUUCUUAGAGCAUCAUGUUAACUUACGACCUACAAGUGCCCCAAUACAAUUGCAAGUCACAGCUGCUAAUCUUAGCCAGGAGAGUGCGUCAGGCCCUCUCAUAGUGGGACGUAGAACACUAUUGAUGAAUAGAGCAUUAUCAUUACCAUCACCAGGCGAAAGUGAAAUUACAGCGGAAUGGACUGGACGUAAUACUGCUCGUAGUACAGCAAGGAGUGCAAGCAUGUCAAGUUCAUCCACCGAGUCUCUGAACGGCAUACCUCCAGUAAACCAAAGUCCUUUUAUUGGCACUGAUGAAAGGAAUGACGAUAAUGAAGAACCACCAUUUGGAGUAUGGCCGCAUCGUAUGAGUUCAAUGUUGGCAUGUCUAAGCUGUACCGUGGGAAUAUUUAAUAUUUCCAGAUUCGCUAUGUUCAGUGUUCAUUUUGGAGCUAGCUUCAUAGUACAAUUCUUCAUACUAUCUCUCGUGAUUGGAAUACCAUUGUUCACAUUGCAUCUAUGUUUGGGGCAAGUUCUGGAAGCGGGGCCUAUAGACAUGUGGAGGAUAUCACCUAUAUUUCAAGGUGUCGGAAUAACUCUGUUAUUGAUUCAAGCGGUUAUUGGCAUUUACAGUAUUAUGGGACUGUCUUGGAUAUUCGUUUACUUCAGGGAUUCAUUUAUUACCGCAAAUGAUAAAUAUAAAUGGGCACUACCACAUGACUUUAGCUACGAUGACCCUGUGCUUAGAAAUAGUACAAAUAGAAUACACGAGACUCUACCUCAGUAUUUCCACGGGGAAGUGUUACAGCGCAAUUUGAACAAUAAUAACUUUGGAUCAAUUAAGUUUCAAGUGGCCUUCAAUCUAGCCGUUGUGUGGAUGAUUGUUUUUGUCUCGCUGAGUAAGGGAUUACGGUCUUAUGGAAAGGCUGUCUACAUGUUGAUAUUUCUGCCAAUAUGCGGAACACUGAUAUUGUGCACAAAACUACUCACUCUCAUACCUUAUGACACCGUGACGAAUAUCUUUGCAGAAACCGAAUGGAGUGAAUUCUUCAUUAAUAGCAAUAGUUGGGCAGCGGCCGUACAAGAGACGUUCCUGACGUGGGGCCUGCUGGGCGCGUGUAUAAUGCAGCUCACGGCGCACAAGGACGCGAAGCACAGGAGCAGCGCGAUGCUGCGGCGCGAGAGCGCGUGUGUCGUCGCCUUUACGUUCGCCGUGCUGCUGCUGGCCGCGUUCUUGGCCAACACGUGCGUGCAGAUACUGAGGCGUAACGGAUACGUGUACAUGCCGGGCAGUUUCGAAACAAUAAAAUCAUCCCAAUUCUUAUGGCCUACAUCGGAGCCGAUGCCUGGCAACACAGUGUCUACACCUGUUCGAUAUAUGGGACAAUACGGUAGUUUAGUGGGAGUGUCCGUGUGGCCGACUGGCAACGCCGCUAAAACGUUCAGCGGCUGGCAACCCCUGCAGUUGGCCACACAGAUAGUUCCUGCGACUCUGGCUGUUCUGCCUUCUAAUGUGCUAUCACCAGCAUGGGCAGUGAUAUUCUACUUCAUCCUAAUAAUGUUUGGGUUGGCCCAGCAGUUGGCCAUAUGGCACUGUGUGAUCACCGGCAUAAUGGCCAUAAAUUUCGAAGUUCUCAGGAUAUGGGAGACAACUAUUACAUUCUUCAGUUGUGUGUUUGGACUUGCCAUGGGAUUGUUGUUGUCUACUGAUGCGGGGAUCCGCGUGGUGCACUUCGUGGACUACGUGUGGGUGGGCGCGUGGUGGCAGUGCGCCGUGCACGUGGCGCUGACCGUGGGCGUGUUCGCGGUGCGCGGCCGGCCCUACUCGCCCGACGGCGUGGUGGGCGCGCUGUACGGGCCCGGCUGCCGGCUCGCCGCCGCGCUCGCCGCGCUGCUCAGCUUCACCUGGACCGUGGUGCUGCCCGUCUCGCUCUGUGCAAUUUGCGUAAUGGACUUCCGUGUCGGCCAUCAACGUCAAUUGUAUACUUGGAGAAAACCUGCGGGAUACUGGCCAAUAUGGUGUCGACAGGCAGCUGUGUGUGCGCAGAUCGGAGCUCUUAUGUUGUUGCCUUUUGCUGCGCUAGUUCAAACCUGGAGGCACUUAACUAAAGGGCCAUCUGAUAUUCUCGAGGACUAUCCUUACGGUGAUUGCAUGGAUGAGUUGCGCUUCCAAAACCUGUACCGGCCGCGGAUGGGCGCGGCGCACGAGUCGCCGCCGGUGGGCGGGCCGGCGCCGGGCCCGGCGGCGGGCGCGGCGGCGCGCCAGCCGCCCGCGCCGCCCGACCCGCCGCCCAAGUACACUCCGCCGCCCUCCUACAGCACCGCCACCGGUGCCCGCCUGCUCAACACUCUGCGCAGAAGCUUCCGCACGCUGCGACGGAUAACAUCACAACGUGUAGAACAAUCGGAAGAGACGGCCCAACUACCAAUAACGCUAAGCGAGAGCGUCGACCGCCAACCGGAAACGCAGCCGCCAGAAUAUUCUGGAACAUUCGCGGCGCCCUCCAUCACAAUCACAGACGAGACAGACACACACAGGCCCACAUCUUCUCACUCGCUCACACUCACGCGGGAUUUCCUGCGGCGUUCCUUUGUCCGGAAGAGCGAUUCGGCUAAGAGCAUCCGGUCGAGUUUGCGGAGGAGUUUCAAAUAUGGAAUAAACAGCGCGCUGACGACGAGCCACGAGCAUUUGGUGCGAGACGCCGAGCCGAUAUCGAACACGGUCGCCAUGUCCGCCAUGUUGGAAGGCGCGCACGCGAGAAGCAUCGCCUCUGUGAUAUAACCGCCUUAACAGAAAUUCAUCGAAAACUUAAAUUUUGCAUCACAUUUAUCACAAUUUACAUUCCGAUGAUGUUUUUUAGUUGUUGCAAAAAUGUUCCGCUGUUGCAUUUAAAAUUUUAUUAUUACGUAUGUAACAUAGCUUUUAGUACAUACAUAGAGAAAUGUAAUAACGUUUAUUGUUUUAGAUUUUGCUAGUGUGAGUUGAUGGAAACAAAGAUUUUUUAGAUUUGUCGCUUUAUGAAUUUAUUGUUGUAGGUUUUACUUUACUUGUGUACUUACAUCACAUAUUUUGAAAUCACAUUAUUAAUUUGAACUGAUUUUAUUAUUAUUUAAUUUACUAUCGAAUAAUUAUGGUCUUAUUUUAAUUUUAAUGUAUAAUUAAGCAUUUGCUUUAAACGUUAUAUUUGUUUUAUUAACGAUAGUUCAUAGUUGCAUUUUUUAAUUUUGGGAGUAUUAUGAUUGCGAUCAGAGAGAAUCUCAAAAAUUCCACUAAAAAGUGCGUAUUUAAUUUGCACAAUGAGCCAUAUUAUUUUUUUAUUUUUAUUAAAUUAAAAUGAAAAUUAUAUAAAACAGAGAUAAUAAAUCAGAGCUUAUAAAUUUUAGAUUAAGAUUUUAUCGGUAUAGUAUAAUUAUUAUCCCUUAAUGAAUACAAUUCCUACAAAAAGUUAUUUAAAAUUUUAUCAUUAAGUUUUAAUAUGCUCCAGCAUAAUCAACAGUACUUUAAUUUGAAUAAUAAGAAUACAUAUAUUUUUACAUUUUUAGUAAGGUCUAACUGCUCUUUAAUGUUUAGUUGUAACUCGAAAAGUAUUAAGAAUUUUAUAAUUGUUAGUUACAUGUACUUUAUAACGAGAACAUACGUUAAGUACAAUAAUUAGAUAUAGUAUCUUAAUAGGUAUACAUGUUAUCACUGCCAUUUAAAAAUUGUCAUCAUUUGAUUUUGCAUCAUUAAAAUAAAAAGGACAUAAUAUUGUGUCUUUUAUAACAACGUACAGCGCAUUUCAUUUAAUUACUACAUUGUCAAAAAUAAGCGAGGCUUUAUUCUUAUUUUGGCGCGAAUAUCCUUUCAACAUGACUAUCUACUUAGCUAUUAAAAUUUUACUAAUCAAUGUUAUGAAUUUAAUAAAGCAAUAAUAUAUUGAUACUCUUAAAUUGUUCUUGUGUUCUUGGUUCCUUCCUUGCAUUUACGUAAAGCUAAAAUAAUUGUGCGUCUCAAUAUGCUCCUAGCUCUAGUCACGUUACUGCUUCCACUAACAAUUCGUUAGAAUUUUUUGCAUUUUAACCACCUCUAUACUUAAGAAUUAGCGCACGGUUACUACGCACGUAUGUUUUUUUUGUCUUUUAUUUUUACAUUCCAUACCUAUUUACAAUGUACUUAGUGAAUAAAUGUUUUUUUACCUA